CACACACAUUCUUUUAGUCAUUCUUCUUUCACUCUGAAGUCCCAAAUUCCAAUUCACAGUUACUUUGCAAGUUACCACGCAGUUACUCUCAUUCCACCAUGCAUUUUGCUCCCAUUUCUCAGCAACCAAACGCCACCUGACUCUGUCAUGAACUGCUUCUCGCUGCUAUCAUCGUACACCGCCGCCGCCGUCGGAAGCGCCGCUCGAUUAAUCACCAACCGUUCCCCUCACUGCUGCUCGUUCCCGACGUUGUUAGAGUUUCGCGGAAUUAGGUCUUUCCGUUCAGAAUUCGUGUUCACCACUCGCUGCUUUUCCACGAAAAAAGGGCGCAAAACUGGUUCUAGUUCUUCUGGGUUGCGCAAGGCCGAACCUGAAGCACCAGUCAUGGAGAAGGAGAAGGACGCUUUCUAUGUCGUUCGGAAAGGGGACAUUGUUGGAAUCUAUAAUAGUCUCGCUGAUUCUCAGGCUCAAGUUGGAUCUUCUGUUUGCAACCCUCCUGUUAGUGUGUACAAGGGAUAUUCGUUGUCAAAGGACACUGAGGAAUAUCUUGCCUCGAAUGGACUGAAGAAUGCAUUAUAUACAAUUAGAGCUGCUGAUUUGAAAGAGGAUUUGUUGGGCAUGCUUGUUCCUUGCCCUUUCCAGGAACCUCCUACCAAAGAGGGCAAAUCAAAUAUGGACGUAUCUAAAAAGAGAUCUUUGGGAGUGCUUGGACAGGACGAGAAAGCAAUAGUUGAAGAUCCCUUGAGAAAGCAAGUCAAGUUAGAUCAUAAUGCUGUAACCGAAGCACCUUCACAAGCAACUCAGACUUGUAUUCUUGAGUUUGAUGGUGCGUCGAAAGGAAAUCCUGGAAAAUCUGGUGCUGGGGCUGUUUUGCGAGCUAUUGAUGGAAGUUUGAUUUGUAGGUUACGUGAAGGUGUGGGUGUGGCAACUAACAAUGCUGCGGAAUAUCGUGCAAUGAUAUUGGGAAUGAAAUAUGCUCUUAAAAAGGGAUUUACUGGUAUUCGUAUCCGAGGUGAUUCCAAACUUGUUUGCAUGCAGAUUGAUGGUUCCUGGAAGGUCAAGAAUGAGAACUUGUCUACAUUAUAUAAGGUGGCAAAAGAACUGAAGGACAAAUUUUCUUCAUUCCAGAUCAACCAUGUUCUAAGGAACUUCAACUCUGACGCUGACGCUCAAGCAAAUUUGGCUAUCAACCUUGCAGAUGGCCAAGUCCAGGAAGAGUGUGUGUAACUGCUGGGUUGGAUUUGUUGCUGGAAGAAGUCCGCAAUUUGAAGUGUCUCUGUUCUUUAAUUUAUUGGCUACACGAUUAUUCCGCAACCAAACCUCCGGAUAGGAAAUGAUUAGUCCUCUACUGGUCCUGGCUUAGCAGUUAUGCAACUUAUAGCCUCAGCGUUUUCAAUUUCCAUAAUUUUUGGGCCGCAAUGGAAGAUUCCCAUUACGACUUAUCGACACUGCAAUCAUAUCAAGUUGAGUUCGUUAUUUUCAUUUUUGAGCAUACGGAAGAUCAGAAUAUCAUACAGUCUAAAGAAAACACGAUUCUUGUUCAAUAACGCCAAUAUUAUCACGUCUUAUUUGAAAAUGUUUUUCAUUAUUAAUUUUGUAUCUAUUCAGGCUCUUUCAACUGCGCUUUAGCUCAGUUGCAUUUAGAAUCUCCCGUCAUCUGAUUUACAUGGACGGUAGUGUUUAAAUUAUUGUAAUAAUAUUCUGUAAACCAAUGCUUUCAACUCUACUAACCAAUGAAAUUGAUGUUGGGAGUAUAUUACGGUUA